AUGACCAUGAGCUCGUUUUUGAUAAACUCCAACUACAUCGAGCCCAAGUUCCCUCCCUUUGAGGAGUACGCGCAGCACAGCGGCCCAGGCGGCGGAGACGGCGGCCCAGGCGGGGGCCCCAGCUACCAGCAGCCCCCAGCGCCCGCGGCCCAGCACCUGCCGGCGCAACAGCCCCAGCUCCCCCAUGCGGGCAACAGCCGCGAGCCCCCCGCCUCCUACUACGCGCCACGGGCCGCCCGCGAGCCCUCCUACCCUGCGGCCGCGCUCUACCCCGCGCCUGGUGCCGCCGACGCCGCCUACCCCUAUGGCUACCGCGGUGGCGCCAGCCCGGGGCGGCAGCCACAGCCCGAGCAGCCCCCGGCGCGAGCCAAGGGUCCUGCGCACGGCCUGCACGCGAGCCACGUCCUGCCGCCCGGGCGGCAGCCCCCGCCGCCGCCUCCCCCGCAGCAUCGCGCGGCGCCCCCUGCACCCCCGCGGCGUUGCGAGGCAGCUCCAGCCACCCCAGGCGUCCCGGCAGGGGGCAGCGCCCCCGCGUGCCCGCUGCUCCUGGCCGACAAGAGCCCGCCCGGCCUGAAGGGCAAAGAGCCUGUGGUGUACCCCUGGAUGAAGAAGAUCCAUGUCAGCGCCGUCAACCCCAGUUAUAACGGAGGGGAGCCCAAGCGCUCUCGAACCGCAUACACCCGACAGCAGGUCUUGGAGCUGGAGAAGGAGUUCCACUUUAACCGCUACCUGACCCGGCGGCGCCGCAUCGAGAUCGCCCACACGCUCUGCUUGUCCGAGCGCCAGGUCAAGAUCUGGUUUCAGAACCGGAGGAUGAAGUGGAAGAAAGAUCACAAAUUGCCCAACACUAAGAUGCGGUCCUCCAACUCGGCCUCGGCCUCAGCAGGCCCGCCAGGGAAAGCACAAACUCAGAGCCCGCACCUGCCUCCCCACUCCCACCAGGGUGCCUCCACACCCAUUCCCUCCUCCAUAUAAUCUUCUAGAGAUCUAGACCAGUUUCAUUCCCCACCUGCUUUUCCCCCCUCUUCUGCCCUUUUCCCCAUACUCCUACCUGUCUGGACCAUAAUAGACCCCCAAACAAAACCCAACUUGGUGAAAAGGAUAAUAGAAGACAUUAUGUCGGUAAGAGUAUGUGCUGGUUGCCACCUAAGAGAAGACAAUAGCCAGGAUGCUGGCUGAGGUCAGCAUCAACCUGCUGGCCUGAAUAAGGCUGCAGGUUUGGGUACCUGAGAAGGACCACUUGGCAACAGAUACUUUUGAGAUGGCUAAACCCAGCUGGACAGCCCAUACUGACUAGGCACACAUAUAUGUAUAUUUGUUGCAAGCAGAAGAAAACAGACCCUUUUCCCACCUUCCCUACCUCCCCCUUCCACAUUAAGGCAGCUCAUACAAGCUUGUAUUGAACUGAAUAAACGAGUAGACAUUGUGGACCUCACAAGAUUAUUUAAUUCUCAAAAUGUAUAGACCUUGAUGGUAGAUGUGACAUGUUAGUUUUCCUUCCUUGCAUUUAUUUAAAAUAUUGUUGUAGAGUUGUUGUUGUCUUACUCUGAGGCACCAUCUUGGGGGUUCGGGGAGUGCAUUUAGACCCAUGUGCAACUGUACAAAUUGUGGUGUGGCUAUAUAGAAAAGCCAUGUGCUAAGAAUAAACUCUGUUUAAAAAAACCA